AUGGCCAUAUCCAAUCUAAGUAGCUACCAUGCAGGUGCCUUCACCCUUUUGGGCAUACCUGGACUUGCGGAGUACCAUGUUUGGAUCAGCCUUCCCUUCUGUUUCAUCUAUCUUCUGGCCAUUGUGGGCAACAGUCUUCUUCUCUACCUCAUUGCAGUAGAGCACAGCCUUCAUGCCCCUAUGUUCUUUUUCCUUUCCAUGCUGGCUGUCACCGACCUCAUACUCUCUACUACAUGUGUCCCCAAAACCCUUACCAUCUUCUGGUUUGGUCCCCAGAACAUCAGCUUUCCUGGCUGUCUCACUCAACUGUUCUUUCUGCACUAUAGCUUUGUCUUGGACUCAGCGAUACUGUUGGCUAUGGCGUUUGACCGCUAUGUGGCCAUCUGCUCCCCCUUGAGAUACACCACCAUUCUGACCCCCAGGACCAUUGCCAAGAUUGCUGUGGGCAUCUCCUUUCGAAGCUUCUGCGUUUUUGUCCCAUGCGUUUUCCUCGUCAACCGCUUACCCUUCUGCGGCACACGUGUCAUCCCCCACACGUACUGUGAGCACAUAGGUGUGGCCCGGCUCGCCUGUGCUGACAUCUCCAUCAACAUCUGGUAUGGAUUUGGUGUUCCCAUCAUGACGGUCAUCUCAGAUGUGAUUCUCAUUGCCAUCUCUUACACCCUUAUCCUCUGUGUUGUCUUUCACCUCCCCUCUCGAGAUGCCCGCCAGAAGGCCCUGGGUACCUGUGGCUCCCAUGUCUGUGUCAUCCUCAUGUUCUAUAUACCGGCAUUCUUCUCCAUCCUUGCCCAUCGCUUUGGACACAAUGUCCCUCAAACUUUCCACAUCAUGUUUGCCAACCUCUACGUGAUCAUCCCACCUGCGCUCAACCCUGUUGUGUAUGGAGUCAAGACAAAGCAGAUCCGGGACAAAGUCAUUCUUCUCCUGUUCCCGAAGGUUUCGCAGUGA